AUGAUGAGGAAGAAGAAGAAGUCAGUGGAUGAGCGAGGUUCUCUCUGGCUCCCACAGUCUCCUGAUCUGGGGCAUCUUAAGAAUAUAUUGGAUGCAGGAGAGUAUGGCUCUUUUGUAUCUCCUCCCAUACUGGAGAGCAAUUUUAUUCAGGUCAAUAGGAGAGGUGAAUCUAUUUAUCUGCAUAACGGAGCGAACUGGGUGACCGUAGGCAUCUGUUCUUCCAAUCCCAUCCUCAAGACCCCCAAUGUGAUGCUGUUGGCACAUCUGACACCAGAGGCUCGAAAAGAAUCAGAACCCCUCUUUAAAAGCCUCCUGACAUCUCCCUCUGCAGAGAAGGUGGUGCUCACCAGGUUUCUCCCUCUGCAGUUUGUGACUCUUUCUGUGCACAGUGCUAAGAACAUGCGACUCAAAGUAAAGCUGAUAAGUGGCCGAGCCUACUAUUUACAGCUCUGUGCUCCUGUGUAUAAACAGGAUAUUAUAUUUUCUCAGUGGGUGGACCUCAUCACCCUCUUGAAUCAGAAGAAAGCCAGAACUUCCAGAGUAUCAGAGGUCUCAAGCCUCUCGGAAAUCACAAACAGCACAGACAUCACAAGCUCAAUGGAUAUCAUGGACAUCACAGCUUUUGCAGAGCUGCAGGCCGCGCACUCACACACUCGUAUAUACUCUGCUAACACCACCGAAAGCACAGACUUCUCAGAAUAUACAGAUGUCACCGAUAUCACAGAUGUCACUGAUAUUCCAGAAAAUGGGGCCAGAGAUGUUCCAGAUAUAAGAAUUGUCACAGAAGUCACAGAAGUCACAGAAGACGUCAAAGAACCCAAAGAGGCCACAAACAUCUCAGAGGUCACAAUAGUGUUUGAAAACGAUGACAUAAUAAAGGCCAAGCAAGAGGAAAAGGUAUGUGUUGAAAAUGUCCUGAAGCAUGGGUGUCUACAAGACAUGAAAAGUAAGAACCAGCUCAGAGAAUCCCCCAAACAUGUCACCAUCUCAAACUUAACACUCACUUUCCAAGGCGAGAAAUGUUUUCAGACUACUUUGACUCCUGUAAAAAGUGAGGAAAAUAUAUCCAAAGAAACGUGUGAUAAAACCUUGGAAGGAAAGAUGACUGAUCUUCCAAACACAGAUCUCAAGGCUACAGAAUCCAGGAGUACAAGGAAUGAUUCAAACAAUUCAGGCUUGUACAGCUUUUCAGUCUUCCCCCUGAUGAGCAUCUCUUUCCCCCUUUUCACCCUCCUCUGACUAGUGUUUCCCUCCCACACAUUCUUACCACUUGU